AACUUUUCGGUCACUUCCCCAGACAAGGACGAAGAAGAAACUAUACGGUACAAGCACCCACUGCGUGAAUCAAGCACGACCUACACAAAAGUGUUUUAUUAUGUGCAAGCAUGGCUCCGAAAAGAAAACAAAGUGAUACUGAGGAAGGAAUUGACUUUAAAUUUACACAAUUUCAAAUUGUUCCUCCUAUCAAUCAAAAAAACUUCUAUACAGAUUACUUAAAACGAGAUGAUCAAAUGUAUAUUUGGAGAGAUACCGCUAAUGCCAAGGAUGGUGAGCCUGAUACUACAAUAGGAGACGUCAAGCAAGAAGAUUCCAAAAAGGCUGCCGAAGAAGAGGAGGAUGGCAUGGAAGAGAAUACGCAAGAAGGAAAACAGAGGGAUGCUAAAACAGUGGUCAUUCAUGUAGGAUCCCAAAAUCUUCGUAUUGGAUUAGCAUCAGAUCAUUUUCCGAAAACCGUUCCUAUGGUUGUUGCCAGAAAAAUGAGAGUUAAUUUUGAACAUCCUCAUCUCCAAUUAUCCAAAAUGUGCGAAAAAAACGAGGAUGGCAACCUUGAAUUUGACGAAGAGUUUGAAAAUAAUUUGAAAUUACUGCAAACAGAAUUGAAGGCUCGCUUGAAAGCAAAGAAAAAUCGACCCGUUCCCAAUGGUCCAGCGCUCGUGAACAACUUCAAUAAAAUAUCUAAACCUGAGGUCAUCCCAUCUCAUGAAGAUCCCCUUAAGCCCGACUGGAUUCAAUUUGAAAAUAAUGAACGUCCAGAUGUAAUCAUCGGCGAAAAGGCUUCACUCCUUCCUCUGAAGGAAUAUCCGGAAUAUCGAUUGUUUCAUCCUUUAAAAGAUGGAAUCUUCAACGAGAACGAUUAUGAAUCCUCUCAGCAAAUGUUUUCGGACAUAUAUGAGAUACUGAAGUAUUCUAUUUCCGACUUGUUACAAAUACCACUUUCCCAGUUACCGCAAUACUCUUCUGUUUUCAUCGUUCCAGACCUUUAUGAUCGCAUUUACAUAGAAAGAUUUUUAGACCUUUUAUUUUAUGACCUUCAGUUUGGAAAAAGUGCCAUCGUACAGGAGUCCCUCUGUACCUCGUUUGGCGCCGGAAUGUCUUCAGCUUGUGUUGUAGACGUUGGUGCCGAAAAAACAUCUGUGAGCUGUGUGGAAGAAGGUAUUGUAAUUCCAAACUCGAGAAUUAAUAUGAAGUACGGAGGAGACGACGUAACGCUAUUAUUUGCAAAACUUCUAGCUAAAAGCAAUUUCCCAUAUCGUGAAUUAGACCUUUGCCUCCCUUACGAUUGGGAUCUGAUGCAGAGUUUAAAGGAAAAAUACUGCGGUAUUAGCCAAGGGACGUAUAAUAUUCAGGUGAAUGAUUUUCACUCUCGUACGCCGGAUGGCGGCACAAAGAAAUAUUCAUUCAAGGUGCUGGAUGAAACGAUUCUUUCUCCGUUUGGAUAUUUCCGCCCAGAUAUAUUUGAGAAUGGAGAAAAGUUGAAAGAUAGAUACAAGCUUUUCCCUGUUUCCGUGGACGUUUACGAAAAUCAGCCGAACAAUCCAGAGUCACUUGCUCAUACUACCUUGUUACAAAUAACAGCGCCUUUAGCCUCAAAGGAAGAAGAAUUGAAAUCAGUAGCAGAAGACUCCAAAGCGGACGACGCAAACAAAGUGAAGAAACCAAGGGUAGUCCAUUUGGGAUCACUUGCCUAUCCUGAAAGAAUAAAGGAGAAGCUUAUUUACCCUUUGGAUGAUGCCAUCAACCAAAGUAUUUUCAGUGCUUGUGAAGGGAAUUUGGGUGAUCAGGCCAAAAACUUAUACUCUAGCAUCUUGAUUGUUGGUGGUGGUGCUUUGUUUCCUGGAUUUUCGCACCUUUUAGAAGAACGGCUACAAUCCAAGAGAGCAAACAUUCCAAACAUUGCUGUACUACCGCCCCCACGUGGACUAGAUGCUCAAAUUAUUGCAUGGAAAGGUGGAUGUAUAUACAAUCGUUUACGGAUUGUGUCUGAAUUCUGGAUUAAAACUAGCGAUUGGAAGACAUUGGGAAGCAGAGUUUUGCAGUAUAAAACAUUGGGAUAUUUUUGGACCGGAUAGUGCUGUCUCAUUACUAUGUCAAAAAUGUGUCUCGUCUAUUCUUUUAAUUAUUGACUACUCAAACUCCUAAUUUAUAGAAAUCUAUGGUAAUUUUAUCCUAGUAUAUACACUUUAUACAAGAUGCU